AUGCCGACCCCUUUGGACCGAGCAUUGCAUUCUAAGAACCUAUUCCUCGGAUUCGCAGGAAUGGUCACUGCAGUGGCAGCCUAUACUAUCUUGGGCAGCGAUGUCCUUCCCGCACAAGCAGAUCCCACCGGUGACCCUGAAAACUGGACAAUGGAUGAGAUGCGAAGAUGGCUUAAAGCGAGAGGGCUUCUACCGAGUGAGGCUGCGACGCGUGAGGAGCUGCUUGAAAGAGUCAAAGCAAACCUCCGCAUACCGCGCAAGACAUCGGCUAAGCCAUAA